AUAACCAACUAAAGCGGACAUACUCCAUUUUGUUGGAUACAGAAAAUUUUUCGGUCGAACGCGAUUUUUAUUCCUUGUGUAGAAGAGUUCAAGUUAUUAUUAAUUUCACAGUUUUGUUAAUUAUUAAAAAAAAAUGGAAAACGUUCGGACAAAAACAGAACCAGAGAAUGACCAGGACCAUGAUCACGCAGCGGAGGUAGAGAGCGAUGGAAGUGAUGAUAUAUGUGAAUUAGAGCAUUUACGUAAACUGUUUAUUGGUGGCUUGGCCUCUUAUACUACGGAGGAAAGUUUAAAAGAAUUUUAUAAUCAAUGGGGUAAAGUGGUUGAUGUUGUUGUUAUGCGGGAUAAUAUGACUAAACGGUCUCGAGGUUUCGGUUUCAUAACCUACACCAAGUCGUAUAUGGUGGAUAAAGCUCAAGAGAAUCGUCCACAUGUCAUUGAUGGAAAGACUGUAGAAGCUAAACGUGCUCUACCACGCCCAGAACGUGAAGCCUCCGAAAAUAAGAAUUUUUCAGUAAAGAAACUUUUUGUAGGUGGAUUGAAAGAUAACCACGAUGAAUCUUGUUUAACAGAGUAUUUCUCGGAAUUUGGUAAAGUGGUUUCAAUCAAAAUACUUACAGAUAAAACUACCGGAAAACGUAGAGGAUUUGCUUUUGUAGAAUUCGACGAUUAUGAUGCUGUUGAUAAAGCUAUAUUACGGAAAACUCAUUCCAUUAAGUAUGUGGUGGUAGACGUGAAAAAAUCUGUUUAUAACCAAGAGCUACAGAAAAAGAAUAUUCAGAAGCAAAAUAUGGGAAAUAAAAUGCAAGAUCAGAAAAAUAGCAUUAAUGGAAAUGGACGUCAACCUCCAAAUAAUAUGCCACCCGGUCCAAAUCAAAGAGCACCAGUGCAGCCUCAACAAAUGCCGCCUUACCAACAAGCACCGCCGCCGAAUUACAAUCAGUGGGGACCACCGCCAGCGGCAAUGCCCCAUCAGAACUAUGGCGGUUAUCAACAGCCUCCUAUGCCUCCAGUUUCACAACAAAUGCCUAGUUGGAAUUAUUCAACGGCGCCAACUAAUUGGAAUGCUCCACCACCACCCACAAAUAUGCAGCAAAUGCCACCUGCAUGGCAUAAUAAUCAAUGGGGUUGUCCACCUCCGGUAGCAGGUCCCCCCGCUCCAGGUACUAUGCCUCCAAACAAUAUACCCCCACCCGGUACACAGCCGCCGCCUAAUUGGCAACAACCACCACCACCGGCUGCAGGUCCACCGGCGCAUCAACAACCACAACAACAACCACCACCACCACCAAACUUCGGCACAGGCUACCAGCAAAAUUAUGGCGGUGGUCCAACUAAACAUCAAAGUAAUAUGAGUUCAAACCGUAUGAAUCCCUACAAUGUUCCACCCAACAAUAACAAUAAUUACGCUUAUGGCGGCUAUACUGGUGGGCCACCAAACGGCAAUCCGCCGUCUAAUGGUCCUGGCCCAAUAUCCCAACCUAUGGCAAACGGAAAUUCAGGCGUAGCUGCUGCUCCAAGCAACAACAAAUAUCGUCGCUAAAAUUGGCUUCGAAAUGUAUGAAUGUUCUGAAGAAGACAAAGGUAUGCUACAAGCUCAAAUUAAUAAGAACUCUUAUUAAAGCAAUGAAAUAAAUUAAUUAAAGAAGAGCUAGCAGAAUAACGUAAUUUAAAACAAUAUUCUUUCUAUAGUCUAGUUUGACUAAACUAAAUCUAAAUCUGUAUGUAUUUAAAGAAGAAGAAAAGAAAAAAAAAAAAAA